UCGGCUGUGCUGUCCUGUCCUACAGCAGCCAAGAACCAACCGCUAGAAAAAGAUACGGCAAAAUCUACAACUGUUUUUCAUAUAACCUCCGGGGAUCGGACACACUGAACACCAACACCCAGACCGGACCCCAUAGGGGCCGUGUCCCGUUCGACACUAACACCAACACUCAACGACGCAGGCACCUAGAGCAAAGCCGGAAUAACGGGGUUUAAUAAAAGGCAGUAGCACUCUGAUCACCGCCCGCAGAAUAUAUCGUGGAAAAUCAUCAACAUCAUCGUCGUCGCCACCGAUCCAGGUUCUGAAACAAGUUGGAAAAUUCCCUCGCUCCAAAUAGAAAUUUAAACCCGGGGACGGUUUACUUUCUUUUAUUGUGUGUUGGAGAACGCAAGAAAAACUCGUUGCGUCAGUCAGUGCUGCGAUCAUCGGAAAACGACAGUAUAGUGCGUUUAUAGUUGUUGCACCCCACGGCAGAGCAGUGCACGGAAUCGCCGUUCCACCCAGUCAGUCGGUGUUUGUAGGUCGUACCGUUAACAAGGUUCGCGGCCUCUAGAACCGGAUCGUUUGAAACGAAAAAAAAAAACCGUACAGUACAGUGCGGUGCAUUUGGGAUUUUAGUGAAAUUUUGCAUUUAGCUUAAGUGAAAGUUGCUUUUUUUACCGUUUGAACCGUUAAUAAAAAAGAAGAAUACACAAUGGAUGAUCUCACCCCGGAACAGAUUGCAAUUCUGCAGAAGGCCUUCAACAGCUUCGACCGCGAGAAGACUGGCAGCAUCUCGUCCGAAACGGUCGGCGAAAUCCUGCGGCUGAUGGGACAGCCCUUCAACAGCAAGAUCCUCGAGGAGAUGAUUGAGGAGGUCGACGAGGACAAAUCCGGUCAGAUUGAGUUCUCCGAGUUUAUCACACUAGCGGCCAAGUUCAUCGUUGAGGAAGACGAGGAAGCGCUACAGAAGGAGCUGCGAGAAGCGUUCCGUUUGUAUGACAAAGAAGGCAAUGGCUUCAUCCCAACCUCCUGCCUGCGGGAAAUCCUCCGAGAGCUGGAUGACCAGCUAUCCGAGGAAGAUUUGGACAUGAUGAUCGAGGAAAUCGACUCCGAUGGCUCGGGAACGGUUGAUUUCGAUGAAUUCAUGGAAAUGAUGACCGGUUAAAUGGAGCCCCAACAGCAACGCAAUGUCCUCUCGUAGACGUUCAACAGCCCUCUCCUUUUUUUGGUAUAUACCACGCAAAUAAUCUGAUUAAGUUAUCAUUUACUGUAUUACAAACAUGACGACACACAUAUAUAUUUCACCCUUAUUAUUCGAAGAGUGCAGAAGGAGCAGCAUAAGUUUGUGAACGUGUUGUUAUUCAACGAAAAAGUUUCAUUUUUCUAGCGUUAGUGUUUUUGUAUUAUGUCUGUAAAACAAAAAAAAAUGAUUAUUUUAAAUGAUAAGCCACGACCACUUUUUGGUUUAUAUAGUUUGGGAAUUCGUUUGUUUACUCCGUUACGUGUGCCAAACGCGCUAGUCGUAUUCUGUAGAGAUUAGUUUCUAAAACAAAACAAAGCAAUAACAGGAAUGGCACUUCUGGAGCAAGGAAAACCUACGGCCAAUUUAUUUUACAACGGCAAUUGAUAAUCUCAUAAAGGUUUUUAUUUAUAACUUUAAUGUAGUAUUGUUUCAUUGUGGUAAAACCUAUGAUCAUAAUGUUAUCUGCUGAAUUCCCAUGUUUAAUAGUAAAUAUAUCAAGUUCGACUCAAAACUAUCA